UACAAAUCAACAAAAUCUCAGUAAGAAAACACCAAGAGCAAUGCAUGGUAUGCCAUGAAUAAGCAGUUGUGACCRUCUUGGCAUCAAAUAGCAUCAACUGAAAUUCCCAUUUCGCCCGAUAGGAAGCAAAAAUUCAUAUGGUAGUGUUUUCACCAGACAAUACCGAAGGAUACAACCGUGAGCAGUGACAUGGGAUCUUUGUAUGACGAUAAUUGUUUUCGUCGUAUUGGAACACGAUCACUUGUGGUUCUAUGGGUGGCGUGGAUUGCGAACACUCUAGGCUACAAAAGUUUGAGAGGUUUGAAUGGGGAGAGAUUGUUCAAUACUCCGCUUGCACAGGCAUUCUCCUCCUCGCGAAAAAAUAGGAACCAUCAUUCGUCGAUCCAAGGGAAACGAUUUCGACACGCUGCUACGAUUUUUCCCASGACGGGUAGUUCACAUUAUAAAGACAACGACAAUUCAACCACUUCCGUGAUACCAUCAUUGGAUGGCAAAAAGGUCCGAAUCCCACCUCCAAUAUCUGACACGACGCCAUGUCAAGUCCUCGAUAUAUUUCACGAUGGAGAAGAAUUCUACUUUCCGUCUCCCGAACAAUAUUCGGUGCUACCAAAAGGCGAUCAGGGUGGAUUUCAUAUUGUUAAAGAGUACACUGUUCCAAUGCCGGGUACCGUCAUAGGAGAUGACGUACUAAAAGUUAUUGAUACCUACCAGAAAAGGAACAAAGUCAACUGCAUCACCUUGCAGAAUGCCUUGUUGGCUUUAGAUCCUGAGAGGUACCCAACACUGACCAGUGCACGCAAGGCUUGCCGAAAAGGAAAGAUCCUUGUCAAACAACAAUAUAGAACGGAAAGCGUAGAUAAAAUGAAUCUUACUGGCUUGAAUAUCGACAGGCAUGAUUGCAAUAACAACAGCAGCAACAACAAUUGGAGUGUCAACGAUGGCAAUAGCGGUGUCUUUCGAAGAGGUAGAGUGGGUGACCUCGUGUUUCCUGGCGACUUGAUUGGGAGCCAACUUUUUCUGGGCACCUACCGAAAAAAACAAUGUUAUCCGAAUAUCGAUUACCCCCGUCCUCAAUUUGAGCUGGAGGUCGUCUACGAAGAUGACCACCUGGCCGUUGUGAACAAACCAUCCGGAAUCGCUGUGUACUCUGACACUAGGAUGGAUUCGACAGGGACGUCAAAGGGAAACCGUAGGACCAUCCAGUUUCUUCUACCAUUUGUACUGACGCCACCUCAGAGAGGCACCCAAGGUGGGCUCUUGCGCCGUCCAGGCAUCGUUCACCGCUUGGACAAGGCUACCUCCGGACUAUUGGUGGUGGCAAAGACGAAGGUCGCUAUGGAGUCGCUCAAGGAGCAAUUCCGGACUCGYCAAAUCCAGAAACUAUACACUGCUAUUGUCAAYGGGGACUUGCUGCAGGAAGAAAUUAUGCAGCGAAAGCUUCAAGCUGACCGCCUGGAAGACGGUUGCGAUGACGAAUCCGAACACCAAUCCAGCAGCGAGAAGACCAGCGAGUCCUCUUCGUGGAACGUGAUCGACUAUCCAUUGGGAGGGAAGUACGCCGUCACCGCUUGGAAGGUCCUGCGGCGUUCACCAUCGCUCAAUGCCAGGGACGGAAUGCUCACAAAGAUUCUUAUCAGACUGCAUACCGGACGCUACCACCAAAUCCGGAGGCACUUUGGCUGGUGGUGCCGCAAGCCGUUGGUUGGAGAUCCACUGUACGCGGGUCUCUUGCAGGCCCAUCACUUCCGGAAGCGAGGCCUAUACCUGUGUUCCAGUGGGAUUUCCUUUUUCCACCCUUUCCCAGGCAACAAUGGCGAUGGAUGCAACAAAACAAACGACAAGGAGAAGAAUAACAAAGAUGUUGGUAUGAMCACGCAACGGAGGAGAGUAGAGAUCACGAUCGAAUCACCCAAACGCUUCGACAAGCUCAUGAAUGCCGAAGAAGCAUGGAAACGAAGUAAAUCAUCAAAAGAGAACAUUGACAAGUAGCAGCAACUAKAGGGCCGAUGUGAGGGAGAUUUAAUUUCAGUUUAUKCGGAAUGACUAUYGCCUGUCCCCAUUAUAUCAUCACAUGUAUUCCAACAGCAAUAUGCACAUGUUGUUCUAGCRAGAAAACUAGGCAGYACUUGAUCUUGAUAGCUUGGUUAUGAACAGGCUCGAUGCGUUCUUUUCAAUCCUUUUCCACGGCGUACAAUUAGGAUACGAGUACCGACUGAAGGAGUACCCUAUGUAAAACUUGAAACGGCAAAACAURCACGUGCUGUAACACGUGCAAAAAUACGAGUACUCAAUUCUUCGCGAGGACAAYAAAAAAGUUCGAUAAUAUUAUUCAAAGACACGUCGCCUCUAUGCAGCACGAAGGCACGUYUAACAAUUGGGUUUUCCUAAAUAAAAGGAAAUUUUAAAA